AUGGGCAAGUUUGACGACAACGAGAGGAUAAUCCUCAACGUCGGGGGCACCAGGCACGAAACCUACAAAACCACCCUGAAGACCCUGCCGGGGACGCGACUGGCCCUGCUCGCCUCCGACUCGGACAUUGACUCCGUGCUGGAUCAGCUGCAACAAGUCCCCGGCUUCAUCGAGUACAACGCGCGGACCAACGAGUACUUCUUCGACCGCCACCCGGGUGUCUUCGCCUACGUGCUCAACUACUACCGCACCGGGAAACUCCACUGCCCGGCGGAUGUGUGCGGACCGCUGUUCGAGGAGGAGCUCUCCUUCUGGGGCAUCGAUGAGACGGACGUGGAGCCCUGUUGCUGGAUGACAUACCGGCAGCACCGGGACGCGGAGGAGGCUCUGGACGUGUUCGAGCUCAACGUGGACAACGGCGACGAGGACGACGAGAUAGGGAAGAGGCUCGGCAUUGAGGAUGUGGCUGCCGACGGCAAUGUCAGCCUGUGGAGGAAGUGGCAGCCGGUGAUCUGGAAUCUAUUCGAGGAUCCCUACUCCUCCAGGGCUGCGAGGUUUAUUGCCUUUGCGUCUUUGUUCUUCAUCCUGGUCUCCAUCACCACCUUCUGCUUGGAGACUCAUGAGGCUUUCAACACCAUCAUCAACAAGACUGAGCUGAUGCGGAACAGCAGUGUGCCGGACUCAGGCCCGCAGUACGAGAUUGAAACUGACCCUGCGCUCACCUACGUGGAGGGCGUUUGCGUCUUCUGGUUCACCAUCGAGUUCCUGGUGCGCGUGACCUUCUGCCCGGUCAAGUUGGAGUUCGUUAAGAGCGUUCUCAACAUCAUCGACUUCGUGGCUAUCUUGCCUUUCUACUUGGAGGUAGGGCUAAGUGGCCUUUCUUCGAAGGCUGCCAAGGAUGUGUUGGGUUUCCUCAGGGUGGUGCGCUUUGUUCGUAUCCUGCGUAUCUUCAAGCUAACGCGUCAUUUCGUGGGGCUAAGGGUACUGGGCCACACAUUACGGGCCAGCACCAAUGAAUUCCUGCUGCUCAUCAUCUUCCUGGCGUUGGGAGUCUUAAUUUUUGCAACCAUGAUCUACUACGCCGAACGAAUCGGCGCUAAGCCCAAUGACCCCACUGCUAGCCUCCACACCAAGUUCAAGAACAUCCCCAUUGGCUUCUGGUGGGCGGUGGUAACCAUGACAACGCUGGGCUAUGGCGACAUGUAUCCAGAGACCUGGUCGGGCAUGGUCGUCGGCGCAUUGUGCGCCUUGGCCGGUGUGCUGACGAUAGCCAUGCCUGUGCCCGUUAUCGUCAAUAACUUUGGGAUGUACUACUCGCUGGCCAUGGCCAAGCAGAAGCUGCCCAAGAAGAGGAAGAAACACAUCCCUCAGAUGGUGCAGGGAGGGUCCCCCACCUACUGCAAAGCUGAUCUAAACACCACCUGUAACAGCACUCAAGGUGACCUGUGCCACGUCAAAGGGAGCAGGGUGCUAGAACGCAACCGCUCAGUGCUGUCAGCAGACUGCAGCGGGGGCAGUGACCUGACCAUGUCUCCAGAGGAGAGGGUCCCCAUGCGAAGGUCCAGCACCCGGGAACAGGACCGCCGGAGCGGGGGGACGUGCUUCCUGCUUGCUGCUAGUGACUACACCUGCCCUGCAGAUGGAGGGCUACGAAAAACAGAUAACUGCAAAGAGGUUGUCUUUACUGGUUUCACACAAGCAGAGAGCAGCGUUCUAUCUUAAUGGCUUGAGGGAAGGCACCGCCAUGGUGGAAAGGUAACCUGCUGAACGAGUGUGGGGGUCACAUUGCACCCCUCUCACCCCUUUUGGUUCUGACUGUAUGUGCACUGAAACAGGG